GAAUAACUGAAUGAAGGGAAACUUACUUACAAGGAGGAACAUAGAGUGUGCUACGUAAACGUCACAACACGUUCAGGUUUCAUUUGUGUGAUAAUUUUUACUUGUAAGACUCGAUGUUUGUUCAUGAGCCUUGAACGUGCCUGUAAGGGAUGGAACAGAAGUAAAUAUUGAUUCUAAACCGAAUCUCUCUUGAAUCACGUGACAGUCAUACAUACUUUCGUUUCCAAUCAGAUUUAUGAUGGCGCUAUCGGCUGGGUUUUACCGAGCGUUUGGAUUGUUUCAAGUUUCUUUGGUCUUUCUUGGAUCCGGUCUUGCUUACGCUGAAAAUAAUCCCUUACCACGAUUUCCAGUUGGCGAUCCACGAAACUGUCCUCUCGCAAACGGAGUUUAUCGCUUCGAGGUUCUUCCGGGAGGCGGCUGGGACAACCUAAGAAAUGUUCAUAUGGGCGCUGUUUCAGUGAUGAAUUACUCCAAGUGCAAGACUUCAGACGACGGCAAGUAUCUCAUUCCCGAUGAUGUGAUCCUGUAUCCUAUCAAGGAGAGCAAAGUGCAUGUAUUUGCUGAAAUGUACGAUCACUGGCACAACUAUUCGUCCGCCACAACGAAGUCUAUCAAUGCUGAAGGAAAAUUUGGUUUUGGAAGCGUAAGUGGUUCGUUUUCUUCCGAGUUCGAAUCAGUGAAGAAACAUCAAGUGGAAGAUAAGACUGUAACUACUCGAGCACAACUACGCCAUGUUUUAUACACGGCGAAACUCCAGCCCGAUGCCCCUCUGCAGGCACCGUUCAAGUCGCGUUUGCUCGAGAUCGCUUCUCACUUACACCAUAACAAUACUGCUUAUGCAAAUUUUCUCGCGCAAGUAUUGGUUCGAGAUUUCGGAACGCAUUAUGUUACAAGCGUCAAGGCCGGAGCAGCCCUGGCUAAAGUGGAUCACUUGACAAAGAAAUUCGUAGCUGACUUCAGUGAAGAUAAAAGUAAGAUCACAGCAGCCGCGAGUGCAUCUUUUUUCGGGGUGUUUGGAGCCAGUGCUAGCUAUACUCAGACAACUGACAAAAAAGUCUUGGAUGAAUACAAACAAAACAUCGCUUAUUCCACAGUAUAUACAUUUGGAGGACCUCCAUUCAGGGUGAAUUUUACCAUCAAUAAAUGGGAAGACCAACUAUUGGACGAACUGGUUGCAAUUGAUCGGUCAGGUGACCCUCUUCAUUUUGCAAUUACACCCGGAAGUGUACCAGAACUGUCCGAAGAACUGGUCUUCAAACUAGCCAACGUUGUCCAAAAAGCCAUUAAGCAGUACUAUAAGCACAAUACCAUUAAAGGUUGCACCAAAGUGGACUCUCCGAACUUCAGCUUUCAGGCCAACCUCGACGAUGGAUCUUGCGAGAGCCCAACCAAUAACUACACGUUUGGGGGCGUUUAUCAAACGUGUCAAUGUGAGGGCUCUCCAUCCAGUAAUCCUUGUGGGUCCUUUCUCCAGAAGAACCCUCUCACGGCCGACUACUCUUGUAGUAGUGGUUAUGAACCAGUCAUGGUACAUCAAGGUCGCACACCCGAUAGCUGCUAUACUGAGUGCCACGGAUGGUGGAUUUUUAAAAGCUGCGACAGCUAUUGCGGAUUCGCCAGCUACGACACCUACUGGUGUGUUGCGAAGGGUUCGGUACCUCGUAAUACAGGGUAUCUCUUUGGGGGACUCUACAGCAAUGUGUUAAAGAACCCAGUCACACAACAUCACAGCUGUCCAAUGAAGUUUUACGCCUUACGCUUCGGAGCCACCAUGCAAGUUUGUGUGAGCGAUGACUACGAGCUAGGCCUCCCGCAGUCGGUCCCUUUUGGUGGCUUCUUCAGUUGUAAUACUGGUAAUCCUCUCGCUGCAAAGAAAGCAGCGGACAGUGCUAAAGGAUCAAACGGUAUGUCUCCUUCUUUUCCCCUUUUACACCCUUGCAUUGGUAAGCAUAUUUUCCCUUCUCUCUCCGAGACAUUUCCUAUGUUAACGAUUAAGAGAAAUUAUUUAACGGUCAAGAGGUUCUUUGAUAAAUGAUUAUUUCUUUUCUAUUUGUGACCUUAGUGUUUGAUUUAGGAGUGAGAAUGUGAAGAGAAAUUAGAUACUUAUCACUGUUAGAGGUUGAAGGGUUACAUUGAAAUAGAUCCUUAAGCUUAAUGGUUUCAUUUUCUUCCUUUUUUUACCUUGAUUGCUAGAAAUUCUUAAAACUAAAAUUGCCUGAUUGUUUUAAGAUCAGCAGGUGCAUUCGAUUCUUAUUUUCUCGUGGUUACGAUUUUGGAAUAGUUGUGCCAUCUGAGGCCCGGGAUCUCUCAAUGUAUCAUUUUGUUGCAAUUUUAUCUGAAAGCAACUUUAUAAAGCUUUAGUGGCAUAAAGCAUUUAACUGCCAAAUGAAAGUGGAGCUCGACUUUCUGGUUUCAAUUUGGCAAACUGUCCGUAAAGAAAUAAAGCAACAUAGGUAGUAGAUGUUGACACUCAGAAUCCGCUACAUAUGGGAAACGCUUGUUGGCAUCUAGCGAUACACCUUGAUAAGAUAAUAAUGAAAGAGAUUUUACACGAAAUUUCUUUAUCAGGCGCUUAAGCGAACGAUCGAGGAACAAAGCCAACAUCUAUCUCGGGUUCUCUCUUUUUCGCUGCAAAGCCUGAACACGACUUAGCCAUUGUUAUUCAUCUCCGCCCCUGCUGAGGGGUGGCCAAACCAAUACCUUGAGACCUAACCAUUCGCGUUCCACCAUCCCAGUUAAUCUCGCUCAUAUCUGAAUUAGAACUGUGUUUUCUAUUAUCGAACGCAACGAGACAGUUUGAGACAGUGAUUAAAUCUUCCUUCAUUCGUUUGCUUAUCCGUUUUGUCUUUUGCUACUUUGCAGGUCACUCAGGCUUGGCAUUGUUUGUGAAACAGUCUAGUCCGUCUGUAUGGCCUAAAACCUGUCCAAUAGGAUAUUCUCAACAUUUGGGAGCCAUUGAAGAAAAUUGUGAAAUCAACUUCUGCGUGAAGUCCAAUAUAUUCAACAGCCAGGGAUUUCCCAUCAUCAAAAGACCUCCCUACUCGAAUGCGCCCAAAAUUUACAAAUACACCGUUCCCUUGCUUGUGGUUAACAAUGACACCGGACAUAUUUGGUUUAAGCGAUCCAACUCACCACAUUGGGUUUUGGCCACUAAAAGGUGAGUUGAGUAAAGGGAAUGUCAUUCUCUGAGCAUAGUCGGUAUUGAAUAGAAUAUUACAGGGUUGAAACUUAUCGUCAGCGACAGUAAAAGCCAUCAUCAGAGUAAAUUGAGGGGUCGUUUGCCAGUCGAAUGGCUGCGAAGGUACUUCUGUGUUAUCAUUAGUUUACAGCUCGAGUAGAAUUCGUCAAUAUCGAUCCGUUAGUAAAGUUAGAUCGUUCGGUUCAUUGGUUAUAUCCAUUCACUGGUUAUAUCCAUACCAUACCAUACCAUGUUCCGAGAGGAGGGGGGAAAGGAGGGGGGGAAGAUUUUAGGGGAUCAAAAGAUUUUAAGAGGGAUCGGGGAUCAGUAGUUUCUAGCGUUUUAAGGGGGAAAAACUGCCAACAAGGGAGGGGAUCAGUAGUUUCUACGGGAAGAGUUUAAGUUUUAUCAUGGCAACCAAAAUCCUCGUGCUUCCCCGAGGGUUGACCAACCAAGGUUAGAAUAAUAACAGAUCAAUAGAAAAGAGAAACAAAUUUAUUAGCACAGCCAAUUGAACUGACUGUCCUUUUUACCUCAACGAGCUGCAUCUUCUCAGAGAAUUAGUAAACUAUUUCUCUUAUCUCUUUCGCAUCCAGCUCUGUCGCUGAACUCGCAGCCAAAUCCAACCUAGAUGGUCCUGCGAUAAUAGGUAUGGAUCCGAAACAAAGUUCCCGUGAUGCCAUGGGUGCCGGGACCGCGGCUGGUAUGACAUUCGGCGUGACAGCAUUGGCGGGAUUGCUGAUCGCAGUCAUGGUCAUUGGCUGGCGUCGCCAUAAGACCAUUCAAAGAGAGAGCAGCGAUUUAAUGGAGCCAUUGAAUCCCCCUGGGUACGGCGCAAUUAAUGAGCAAGGAAGCCCACGAGUUUGAAUUACCCCGGAACUUUUUUCUUUUUUCCCAAACUUAACAAACGUAAAUAGGAAAUUUGUCUAGAUAAUAACUUGGUGUCUCUUUAAACGUUUUUAAAGUUGAUCUAUUGUCUUAGUUUUUCCCGUAAAUUCGUUUUUGAAGUUACAUUGUUUUCAGCAUUUGUUCUAAUGUAAGUGUGAUGGAAGAAUUAACCCUAAUUUUUGAGGCGCAGAGAAUGUAAGCACAGGAGGUUUUGUUUGAAAGAAUACUGUUACACCUGUUUACACGAUGAUAUUGAGUGUCUGAAAACCAGAACCAAAGUAAUCACAACUUCCAAUCAGAAGAAAGAAAAAUACUUUAAGAGCCAAUGAGAACUUAAAGUUAAGACCACCGAAUUGUCUCAAGCGCGGGAAAACGCGAGCGACUGAGUCGUGAAUUGGUUCGAAUUUUGAUCUUAUUGGUCGAGUUUUCUGCAACAACUAUAGAUCGAAGAAGAACAAAAACAAAGCAAUCUUGGAUUAUAACACUCAAUUGAAAAUUUUCUCCAUAUUGUGUCGCACAAACGCUGGAUUACUAUUUUGUGCUCUCUAACUACUUAAUAUAUAGAACUGUGUUGAUUACGGUAUAAUCUUAAAAAUUAUUCUGCCUUUUCAGUAGUCGGUUUAGAGAAGUUAUUUUGCAUUGAAUCACGUUGAAAAACAAUGAAUAGACG